ACCCUCGCAAACACACGCUGCGGCCGACGAUGCAAGCGGUUUCUUCGAGGGCGACCUUGCUCUUCACUCCACGCCGCUUCCAACGCCUUUUAAUCUCGAGGAGGAUGUCUUCUGAGGGCCAGAUACCAGCCAAGGUCCCGAGGCUGAAUGAGAGACUGGUUUGGGUCGAUUUAGAGAUGACGGGCCUAGAUGUCACGAAGGAGGAGAUCAUGGAGGCUGCCGUGAUAGUGACAGAUAGUGAUCUCAAUGUGGUUGCCGAAGGGCCCAACCUUGUCCUGAAGGUGGAAGACAAGGUGCUCGACAACAUGAAUGAUUGGUGCAAGCAGCAUCAUGGUGAUUCAGGAUUAACCGCCAGUUGCAGGAAGAGUGAAGUCACACUUGCCGCAGCUGAAGACCAACUGCUGCAAUUUGUGACACAGCACACAGAAAAGGGCAAGGCUCCCCUGGCGGGUAACUCUGUCCAUGCUGAUAAGAAAUUCCUCGACAAAUACAUGCCAAAAUUAAUGAAACACCUCCAUUAUCGUAUUGUUGAUGUCUCUACAGUAAAAGAGUUGUGCAGACGCUGGUACCCAGAAGAGUUCUCUUCAGCUCCUUCCAAGAAGGUGGCCCACAGAGCCCUAGACGAUAUCAAGGAGAGCAUUGAAGAGCUGAAGUACUACAAGUCAGCAAUAUUUAAAUGAAAUCUAAAGCUCUUUGUUUACUUUGUUACAACUAUUAUUUUAUCAACAAUAUUUAAUUGAAAUUGUGCUUCAGAAGCAAUGUUCCUUUCAAAGGAUAUCUUUGUUAUUUUGGAAUAAAAUGAUGCAGACA